GGGGGGUUGAAGUGUGGGUGUCGGCGCGAAUAGGUUCCGGCCCUGUCCUGAGGGAAACCAGGCUGGAGUGAAAUCUGGCCUUUAGUCUUUUCGCUGACCCACAUUUCCUUUACUCAGGCUCCCACCUCUGGCUAGAAAGAGCCUACAAGUUAUCUAGGGAUCUGUGCGAACUGCCCCGUGACUGUUGGAGAAGAUGCCCUACCUUGGCUCGGAGGACGUGGUGAAGGAACUGAAGAAGGCUCUGUGUAACCCCCACAUUCAGGCUGACAGGCUGCGCUACCGGAAUGUCAUCCAGCGAGUGAUUAGGCAUAUGACUCAGGGUUUGGACAUGUCUUGUGUUUUCAUGGAAAUGGUGAAGGCCAGUGCCACUGUAGAUAUUGUUCAGAAGAAGUUGGUUUAUCUGUACAUGUGCACAUAUGCACCCCUGAAACCAGACCUAGCUCUCCUGGCCAUCAAUACACUGUGCAAAGACUGCUCGGACCCCAACCCAAUGGUGCGAGGCCUGGCACUGCGAAGCAUGUGUAGCCUCAGGAUGCCUGGUGUGCAGGAGUACAUCCAACAGCCUGUUCUCAACGGUCUGCGGGAUAAGGCUUCGUAUGUCAGGAGGGUGGCCGUCCUUGGCUGUGCCAAAAUGCAUAACCUUCAUGGAGACUCUGAAGUGGAUGGUGCUCUGGUAAAUGAGUUAUACAGUUUACUGCGGGACCAAGAUCCAAUUGUGGUUGUGAACUGCUUAAGGUCUCUAGAGGAAAUUCUGAAACACGAAGGAGGUGUUGUCAUCAAUAAGCCCAUCGCUCACCAUCUCUUAAAUCGGAUGUCGAAACUGAACCAAUGGGGUCAGGCUGAAGUGUUGAAUUAUCUGCUCCGCUACCAACCCCGCAGUGAGGAGGAACUAUUUGAUAUCCUUAAUCUGUUGGAUAGUUUUCUCAAGAGUAGCAGCCCAGGUGUAGUGAUAGGAGCCACCAAACUCUUUCUGAUUUUGGCAAAAAAGUUCCCCCAUGUACAAACUGAUGUACUUGUGAGAGUCAAAGGACCUUUGCUUGCUGCCUGUUCUUCUGAGAGCAGGGAGCUCUGUUUUGUUGCCCUUUGUCAUGUGCGCCAGAUCUUACAUAGUCUGCCGGGUCACUUUAGCAGCCACUACAAAAAGUUUUUUUGCUCCUACUGGGAACCCCACUAUAUCAAGCUACAGAAGGUGGAGGUACUGUGUGAGCUGGUGAACGAUGAGAACGUGCAGCAGGUGCUUGAGGAGCUUCAAGGAUACUGCACUGAUGUGUCUGUUGACUUUGCACAGGCUGCCAUCUUUGCCAUUGGUGGCAUUGCCAGGACUUACACAGAUCAAUGCGUACAGAUUCUCACUGAGUUGCUAGGGCUCCGACAAGAGCAUAUUACCACGGUGGUGGUGCAGACUUUCCGAGACCUGGUUUGGUUGUGUCCUCAGUGUACUGAAGCUGUGUGUCAGGCCCUGCCCGGCUGUGAGGAGAACAUUCAAGACAGUGAGGGGAAACAGGCACUUAUUUGGCUACUUGGAAUCCAUGGAGAAAGAAUUCCCAAUGCUCCUUAUGUUUUAGAGGACUUUGUAGAAAAUGUGAAGUCAGAAACGUUUCCUGCUGUUAAGAUGGAGCUCCUCACUGCCCUGCUGCGCCUGUUCCUCUCACGCCCUGCUGAGUGCCAAGACAUGCUGGGGCGCCUGUUAUAUUACUGCAUAGAGGAAGAAAAGGAUAUGGCUGUACGGGACCGAGGUCUCUUCUAUUACCGCCUCCUUUUACUUGGCAUUGAUGAAGUUAAGCGGAUCCUGUGCAGUCCUAAAUCAGAUCCUUCUCUCAGACUUUUGGAGGAUCAACCGGAAAGACCUGUGAAUAGCUGGGCUUCAGACUUUAAUACGCUGGUGCCAGUGUAUGGCAAAGCCCAUUGGGCAACUAUAUUUAAAUGCCAGAGAACAGAGCAUUGUGGCCCAGAGCUUCCUCAUACUGCAUCCUUUGUUCCAUCAGGACACCUGAUUUCUGAAGAGAACAAGGAGAGAGUACAAGAACUCCCUGAUACUGAAGCCCUCAUGCUAAUCCCCAAUUGCCAGCUUACUGCUGAAUAUUUUGAGAAAACCUGGCGUAGCCUCCAAGUUGUUCAUCAGCAGGUGUUGCCUUGGCAGGGAGAAAUUCAUCCUGACACCCUCCAGAUGGCUCUACAAGUAGUGAACAUUCAGACCAUUGCAAUAAGCAGGGUUGGGGCUCAGCCAUGGAAAGCCUACCUCAGUGCUCAGGAUGCUACUGGUUGUCUGUUCCUAACAGAGCUGCUGUUGGAGCCUGAGAACUCAAAAAUGCAGAUCUCUGUGAAACAAAGUGAGACAAGGACUGAGAUACUGAGCAGUUUCAUUUCUGUAUUAGAAACUGUGAUUGGAACAAUUGGAGACAUGAAGUCGUAACAGAUUCUUACUGCUUUCCCUGAGUGAUAUGAAUAGUUAUCAGAAUUCCUUAGUUUUUCUUAUUUGAACUGCUUAUAAGUCCAGAUAAUACCACUUGCAAAGGAGAAUGAGAAAUCUGGGAAUCAGGAUUCUUGUGUUUUUGUCCAAAGAUCACUAACUUACUCCCUUUGUGCCAUUUGUGACUGACGCUAUUUUGCAAUGGUGAUGUUUGCAAGGGGUGAGGAUGAGGUUGAAGACAGGAUUGGGAUUUUUUUCUAAUCCAUUUUAGGGGUACUGUUACUUACUAAAGAUGUCUGCCAUUUGUGAAAAUUGAUGGGGGCCAUCUUUUCCUUUCUAUAUGAAGCAGUAACUGACUAUUUUCAUAUUUUUAAUCAUGCUUUUUAGACCAUGGUUCACAGUGGGAUCUAAAUACCUCUAGUAUGGCAUCUAAAGUACGUCUUCAGUCUCAUAUCUAACCACUUCCCAAACACACUCUCUUCUGAUAAAAGCAAACCACUUACAGUUCUCUCACACCUACCCCUUAACACCUGUUUUUACUUUUUUUUUUUUU